GCAGCACAGGAAAUUUAAGAUUCAUCAAAAAUUGUGCGAGUAGAGAAAAAGUGUGACGCGCGUUUGCAAUUUCUUAAAAAUUGGAAAAAAUUGUGAAAUACUUAAAUCCAAUUUGAUUUCUUUCUACAAACGGAGUCGCUUUUAAACUAAACAAAUAUGGCUGAUAAUGAUGAUCUUUUGGAUUAUGAAGACGAAGAGCAGACCGAGACUACGGUCGCUGAAGUCCCUGAGGCACCAAAAAAGGACGUGAAAGGCACAUACGUGUCCAUCCACAGCUCUGGCUUUCGUGAUUUUCUUUUGAAGCCAGAAAUUUUACGUGCAAUAGUUGAUUGCGGUUUUGAGCAUCCAUCAGAAGUGCAACACGAAUGUAUACCCCAGGCUGUGCUAGGUAUGGAUAUUCUCUGCCAGGCUAAGUCGGGUAUGGGUAAAACUGCUGUUUUUGUGCUUGCCACUUUACAACAACUUGAGCCGACCGAAAAUGUGGUUUAUGUACUAGUUAUGUGUCACACUCGUGAAUUAGCAUUCCAAAUAAGCAAAGAAUACGAAAGAUUUUCUAAAUAUAUGCCGGCUGUGAAGGUUGGUGUAUUCUUUGGCGGAUUAUCUAUUCAAAAAGAUGAGGAAUCUUUGAAGGGUACUACGCCACACAUCGUUGUAGGCACUCCUGGCCGCAUACUUGCACUGAUACGCAACAAAAAACUCAACUUGAAGCAUUUGAAACACUUUAUUCUUGACGAGUGUGACAAAAUGUUGGAACAACUCGAUAUGCGUCGUGAUGUCCAGGAGAUUUUCCGCAGCACUCCGCAUGGAAAACAAGUCAUGAUGUUUUCCGCCACUUUAAGCAAGGAAAUACGUCCAGUAUGCAAAAAAUUCAUGCAAGAUCCGAUGGAGGUAUAUGUGGAUGACGAAGCAAAGCUUACUUUGCACGGUCUACAACAACAUUAUGUGAAAUUAAAGGAGAACGAGAAAAACAAGAAAUUAUUUGAAUUAUUGGAUGUUCUCGAAUUUAAUCAAGUUGUAAUUUUUGUUAAGUCUGUUCAACGUUGUAUGGCACUAGCACAAUUAUUAACCGAACAAAACUUCCCCGCCAUUGGCAUACAUCGUGGCAUGACACAAGAGGAGCGUUUAAACCGUUAUCAACAAUUCAAGGAUUUCCAGAAGCGUAUUUUGGUGGCCACAAAUCUUUUUGGACGUGGCAUGGAUAUAGAACGUGUCAACAUUGUGUUCAAUUAUGAUAUGCCAGAGGACUCGGACACUUAUCUGCAUCGUGUGGCAAGAGCUGGACGUUUCGGUACCAAAGGUUUAGCUAUUACCUUUGUUUCGGAUGAGGCAGAUGCUAAAAUUUUAAAUGAAGUCCAAGACAGAUUUGACGUUAAUAUCACUGAAUUGCCAGAUGAGAUUGAUCUAUCCUCGUAUAUUGAAGGACGAUAAGAUAUUAAAUAUUAAGUAUUUUUACUAAAAUUGGUAUGCUUCUUUGCGGACCAACUAUAAUGUAUGUGGAGUCACUACUUAAAUAAAGAGUAGAAAUUAAACAUGAAUAUAUUUUAUUUAAAACACUUCGUUAAAGAAGAAUUCAUUUAAGAGCAAAUAUAUAAUAAUAAAGCGUAAUUAAAG